UUAACGUUCCAUUAACGGCAGCAUUCAUUUAUCGUGACAAUAUUGAUUGUUGUUCACAAUAAACUCGUACGUACAACGAAUCAGUCGAUCAUAUGUGCGUAACUAGUCGCAAAUACGUCUGAGUUUGACGAUCAUUGGCAAGAAAAAUGGUUUUUGGACGCUUUGUUAAUCUAUUUACUGUGUAUAGAUCGUAUAGAUACAGACGUAUGGUCCAUAUAUCAGGUGAAGAAAUAAAGUCUGAGGUUUCGGGUCCCGCAGACUUCGAACGAGCAAUUAUAGCAACAGGAUAUGGAAAAUUUAACUAUUUACUAUUACUGGCGGUGCUACCGGCCAGCUUCUCCAGUAUCUUUUCAUCGUCAGCAAUGUCCUAUGUCCUACCAUCCGCCGAAUGUGAUCUUCAGUUAACGAUGUUCGACAAGGGACUGUUAAAUUCGAUGGCGUUCGCAGGUAGUAUCUUGAUUUGCUUAACAAUUGCAUAACAACGCUUUAUUACAGAUGCCAGAGAGCUCAAUGAGAGCCCUGGAACCCUAGAGCUUGGUAUACUUAAAGUCUGUACGAUUAUCGUGCGGUGUACACUGCCGGUUCAUUCGUAGGCAAUAGU